GGUGCAGGGCCUCCUGGUCCUUGCUGCUCUGCUAAUUUUCUCCACGGCUCCCAUACAAACUAAAGUGGUGAAUUCAACAGCAGAAUGUGCAGAAUUCUUUCUUCAGCGAACUCCACCCCGUAUCCCAGGAAUCUUGGUGCAAGGGGGAAUCCUGGACCAAAACAGAUACAAACCCAUUUGCCAGACAUAUAAUAACUUCAGAACAUUUGUGACAAUUUUCGACAUCAGGAACAAAAUCCCAGUUUUUUCUGCUGCCAAAUAUAAGGGGCACGGUGGCGGGAGACCUAUAGAUCCAACUUGGAACUUUGAACCACAGCUUGAGGACAACUAUGGGAAUUUGGAAUCAGAUGAGGAAAGCUGCAGCAGCUUCAGAAACCAGGCAAUGAUGCAUGACUAUACAAACAGCCAAAGAUUUGUUAAAGGGCAUUUAUUACCAAGCUCUUAUAGACUUACUGAAGAAGAAGAAAAAUCUACAUUCACGCUGACCAACAUUGUUCCACAAGAAGCCACAUUCAACAAGGGAAGCUGGAAAAGGAUGGAGAGCUGUGUCAGAUGUGUUCUGGAUAAAUACUGUAUCAACAAUAACAAUAAGAAAGAGGCUUUUGUAGUGACUGGAGCACAGCCGAGUGAUGGAGGGCUCCUCAACAAGAAGAUUAAUAUUCCUUCCAUGCUCUGGUCAGCUUUCUGCUGCUACAGCAGUAGUCAGAAUAGAUGGCUCGCAGGUGCUCAUUGGGGUAAGAACGUUCCAGAGAUAAAUAAGGAGUAUCUGCAGACCAAGACCUUGGCAGAGCUUUUUAGUAAACUGGGUGUUCAGUUUAAUGUGUUUCCUGGAGCACGUUGUCCUCUCGGAACAACUGUCUCUGAGUUUUACCCACGUCUUAAAAAGGAUUGCGAAUGCCCUCCACCUGAUCUAAGUACAACUGCUCCUCCUACAACUGCUUCUACAGAACUUACUAUGACAUCUGGCCCUCACAGUACAACAUCUGGUCUUUCUACCACCAAAUCUUCUCAUAGUGCAACAUCUAGUCCUUUUAGUACCUCAACAGGUAUCUUAACUACCACACCUGAUAGUCCUUCAGUGUCUACUGCUUAUCACAUCAUUUCCUCUCAGAGCCUGCCUCCCCCCUUAACUAUUUCUCCCACCAAAAUCCCCCCUACCCCCACCUUGUGUGAUCCUCUUGUGUAUUUCUUUCACUAUUACCAGAGCAUCCUUACCUACUACCAAUGGUUACACCAAUACCAAGGUAGAACCUAUCACACUAUAAAAUAUCCUUUGGAUCAAAUUAAAAACUAUAUGGAAACUCAUUGCCCCCCCAAAAAAUAGUUUUUGUUAAUUUGAGUGUAAUGAACUA